AUGGAACCUACCCCUGCCGGGGUUAUCCUUGGCAAGUACAAACUCGGCCGCCUUCUCGGCCGAGGCAGCUUCGCCAAGGUGUACCAGGCCCACUCCAUCACCGACGGCACUGCCGUGGCCGUGAAGAUCAUGGACAAGGCACGAAGUGUUGAGGCCGGCAUGGAGUCUCGGAUCGUUCGCGAAGUGACUGCCAUGCGGAGCCUUCAGCAUCCCAACAUCCUCAAAAUCUACGAGAUCAUGGCCACUAAGUCCAAGAUUUACUUGAUUAUUGAGUUGGCCAAAGGAGGCGAACUCUUCACCAAAAUCUCCCGCCGCGGGCGCCUCACUGAGGCAGCGGCGCGCCGUUACUUCCAACAACUGGUAUCGGCUCUCUUGUUCUGCCACCAGAACGGCGUGGCUCACCGCGACAUGAAGCCGCAGAACCUUCUCCUGGACCAGGACGGUAACCUCAAGGUCUCCGACUUCGGGCUGUCCGCGCUUCCGGAUCAACUUAAGAACGGCCUGCUCCACACAGCUUGUGGCACGCCUGCGUACACGGCGCCGGAGGUCGUUUCUCGGAAAGGCUACGACGGCGCAAAGGCGGACGCGUGGUCUUGCGGAGUCAUACUUUUCGUCUUUCUUUCUGGCUUUCUCCCGUUCGAUGAUAGUAAUCUCGUGACAAUGUACCGGAAAAUCCAUCGUCGGGAUUACCAGUUUCCGUCUUGGAUCUCCAGGCCGGCGCGAUCGGUAAUAUCACAGUUGCUCGAUCCGAAUCCUAAUAAAAGGAUGAGCAUCGAAGCGCUGAUGGAAUCUGCCUGGUUCAAGAAAUCUACGCCGGCGAAAAAACUUGAACAUGCGAGUUCGUUUGAUUCAGACAUGGAAUCAAUGAAAGUUUGUGAAUAUGGUUCAGCGCCGCUAACCAUGAAUGCAUUCGACAUAAUAUCGAUGUCGUCUGGGUUGGACCUGUCGGGGCUUUUCUUCGAAGCAGCAGCGAAUAAGAGGGAGAAGAGGUUCAUGUCGAGGGCAUCAGCAGAGAUAACUGUGGAGAAGAUGAGAGAGGUUGGUGAGAAAUUGGGAUACGGUGUUGAGAGAGGGAAGGUUGGAAGUAUAAGGAGGGAGGCGGGAAGGGUGGUUCUGUUGGUCGAAGUUUCAGAAGUUGCUCCAUCAUUGUUACUAGUGGAGGUGCAGGUGGUAGACGGAGGAGAAUUUGAGGAGUUGAAAUGGGAAAUUGUGAAAGCUGGGCUUGAAGAUAUAGUUGUUUCAUGGGAGGGUAGUGGGAUGUAG